GGUCCCACACCUAACCUGCCCCAAUUUCACCGGAACCAAAUCGAGAAACCUGUGCCAGACUCUCUCUCUCUCUCUCUCGCUCGCUCUCUCCUGUUCCAUAGAAUGAAAUGAACGUACCUUAUAUUGAUUGAUGAUUGGCUACUGCUCAAUCCCCCUUUGUUUUUACUCCGCUGCUUGAUUCAACAGUCGAAGAAGACACAAUUCUCUUAAUCUCCAUCUCUCGCCAUGUAAUCUCCAUCGGCAAUCUUCUCCCCGCAGAAACCCUAAUUGCUGGCUGCGCGACUUGUUUGGUAUUGGGGUCUCAUUGUGUCUGUACGUACGGAAUUCUGGCAGAUAUAGGUAGGUGGAGAUAGGGGAUGGUUAGAGAUGGGGCGGGAAGGGUACAUCGUGCCGGCGGAUCCACAGGCGAGUAUGAAGAAGAAGGCCGCUGGCUCCAGGACCUGGAUUCUGAUGGACGCCGUCGGGAACGACACCGUUAUGGAUGUCGACAAGUACGCCAUCAUGCACCGCGUCCAGAUCCACGCUCGCGAUCUCCGCAUUCUCGAUCCCCUCUUGUCCUACCCCUCCACCAUUCUCGGCCGUGAGAAGGCCAUCGUUCUCAAUUUGGAGCACAUUAAAGCCAUUAUUACUGCUGAUGAGGUAUUGCUUCGUGAUCCAUUGGAUGAUAAUAUUAUCCCUGUCGUUGAGGAACUUCGGAGGCGAUUGCCCCUUGUAAAGGCCAUUCAAGAAGGUCAAGAAGAUGGAAAGGAGUUAGGCGGGCAGCAUGAUGCUGAUGCUGGGGAAGAAGAUGAAUCUCCAUUUGAAUUCCGGGCCUUGGAGGUGGCUUUGGAAGCCAUUUGUAGCUUUCUUGCUGCACGCACAACAGAGCUAGAGACUGCUGCUUAUCCAGCUUUGGAUGAACUCACUUCUAAGAUUAGUAGCCGUAACUUGGACCGGGUUCGUAAAUUAAAGAGCGCAAUGACUCGGUUAACUGCUCGGGUUCAGAAGGUCAGAGAUGAGCUUGAACAAUUACUCGAUGAUGAUGAUGAUAUGGCUGACCUUUACUUGUCCAGAAAAUUGGCAGGUGCAUCUUCUCCUGUAAGUGGCUCAGGUGCUGCCAAUUGGUUUCCUGCAUCUCCUACCAUAGGUUCAAAAAUAUCUAAAGCAAGUAGAGCGAGUUUAGCAACAGUUCGUGGCGAUGAGAAUGAUGUUGAGGAGCUUGAAAUGUUACUCGAGGCUUACUUUAUGCAAAUUGAUGGAACACUAAACAAAUUGACGACGCUGCGUGAAUAUAUUGAUGAUACUGAGGAUUACAUUAAUAUUCAGUUCUUCUCUUCAUGGCAGCUUGACAAUCAUCGAAACCAGCUGAUUCAGCUAGAGCUUUUUCUGAGUUCAGGAACUGUUUGUUUGUCCAUCUACUCGUUGGUAGCUGGAAUAUUUGGUAUGAACAUCCCAUAUACAUGGAAUGAUAAUCACGGAUACAUGUUUAAGUGGGUGGUCAUCUUUGCAGGGGCAGUUAGUGCCAUUCUUUUUGUUCUCAUAAUUUCCUACGCUCGCUACAAGGGUCUUGUUGGAUCUUGAAAUCCAUAAAUUCUUAGCUUGUCGGAAAUAAUUUAUGCUUAUAGAUUCAGCAGCCCCUCAUGGCUCAAGAUAACAUGGACAAUACAAUUUUUAAGAACUCCAAUUUAGCCAGUCUGGGUGCCUGCCUACGCAGAUAUAACAACUGUAAACAGCUUACAGACUACAGAGUGACAUUUUUACCUUUUCUUAUAUCGGUUUAGCUUGCUAUUGUUUAAGCAUGAAGCCGGGUCUAUCAUAAGGCUUCUUAUCUUUGUAAUUAUGUACAUUUUUCACAAUUAUAUAUAAUGAAACAAUUUUUCUGA